UCAAGGUCACACACUCUGACACGCAUUACGCACCGCAAUGCAUACGUGAGGACCAGACGAGACAACGCGCGCACCCGAUCCAAACUCCAAACCUUCCUCACUUUCCAUCUUACACACUUUUUCACACUCAACACGUUCCAAUGCUAAGAGACCAAUGCGUUGGUUCCGUAAGCGCCAGGCACAGCGCCACCGCUAUCGCCACCGUCUCCAACAAAGUUCUGGUGGCCGUCAAGGCGGAGAAGGUCAUCUCCAACACCGCAUUAGCCUGGGCUCUCACUCAUGUCGUUCACUCCAGCGACUGCAUAACGCUUCUCGCCGUUUACUGUCCUCGCAAAACCGGCAGAAGGUUCUGGAACUUUUCGAGACUUGGCGGAGACUGCACGAACGGAGCGGCGAGGAAGUUGCCGGAGCAAAUUUCCGAUAUCUCCGAGUCUUGUGCUCAGAUGGUGCUUCAGUUGAACAAUCAAAUUGAGGUCAGGGUGAAGAUUAAGGUGGUCAUGGGUACUCCCAGUGGUGCUGUGGCGGCUGAAGCUAGAUGGAGCGGUUCCCAUUGGGUCAUUCUGGACAAGAAAUUAAAGCAAGAGGUAAAGCAUUGCAUUGAUGAACUCAGCUGUAGCAUUGUGGUGAUGAAUGGGUCACAGGCAAAAAUCCACAGGCUUAACUUGGGAUGUUCCGAUGAACUCCAAACUCCUUUUUUCUCUGCUACUUCUUCACCAGGUAUAGAAAUCGGAAAGUUAAAAGGCAGAAAAUUGAAGCAUUCUACCCCAGUGAGUAGCCCUGAAGAAGCAGGUACUUCUGUCACGAGAAACAUAGGAGUAAAUUCAGGGUCAAGUUCUGGCUCGACGACUUCUCUUUUCCUAGUCUAUGAACAAAACCCUCUGUACGAGGGUCAGGGCCCAGAGAAGAGAACAAACAAAUCGAAUGAACCAAAAGAUUUUAACACCCCGCCACCAUUAUACUUUGAUCUGGAAAGGGAUCGGUCUCCCCCUUCAUGGACACGUCCAACUUCAUCUGUGGCUAGUGAUAGCAAGACUACAUUAUGGAUUCCUCAAAACCACAUUGUAGACGAGAAGUUUCAGAAAGCUAAAAACAACAGUGUUAUCCAAAGAACUAAAUCUCCAACUUCGAAAACUUUACUCGAGAAUUUUAUACACUGUGAUCAAGAGAUGAGGACAAAUGAAGUUGAGUUUAACCAAGCCCAAAGUAGAAGUUAUAUCCCCGACUCGGGCUUCAGAGAUAAUUCCAUUCCUUUGGGCAGAACUACCUCUAUACCUCCUCCCUUAUGCUCUCAGUGUCAGAAUAAAGCACCAGUAUUUGGAAAGCCUCCUAAACGUUUUUCUUACAAAGAGCUGGAGGAAGCAACUGAUAUGUUCUCAGAUGUCAAUUUUUUGGCUGAAGGUGGAUUUGGUGUGGUCCACAAGGGAAUACUCAAAGAUGGUCAGGUUGUUGCGGUGAAACAGUUAAAGUUUGGGGGCUCUCAAGCAGAUCUUGAUUUUUGCAGGGAAGUUCGGGUUUUGAGCUGUGCUCAACACAGAAAUGUUGUACUGUUGAUAGGUUUUUGUAUAGAGGGCAAUUUGAGGAUAUUAGUCUAUGAGUACAUAUGCAACGGUUCCUUGGACCUCUACUUACAUGGAGACGAGAGUAUGCCUUUGGAUUGGAACUCACGCUUAAAGAUAGCGAUUGGAGCUGCACGAGGCUUACGCUACCUUCAUGAAGAUUGUAGAGUUGGUUGUAUAGUGCACAGAGACUUCCGACCCAAAAAUAUCCUCUUAACCCAUGACUUUGAACCUCUGGUGGCUGAUUUUGGGCUUGCUAGGUGGCACUCAGAAUGGAAUAUAGAUACAGAAGGUCGUGUUAUAGGAACUUCAGGGUAUCUAGCACCGGAGUAUCUUGACGCUGGGAACCUUACAUACAAAGUAGAUGUAUAUGCAUUUGGAAUUGUAUUAUUAGAAUUAAUUACAAGUAGAAGAAUUAGUGACUUGGAACAGUUCAAUGGACACUCGUAUCUAUCUGAAUGGUUUCACCCCCUACGCAUGUUAGAGCCCAGUCAUAUCUUACAAAACGUUCGAUCUCUCAAACCAUGCUUUGAUUCUGAGGAGUCGUUGGAAUUUAACCUUCAAAUGCAAGCCAUGGCACGAGCUGCUUCGUUGUGUUUACGUGUGGAUCCUGAUGCCAGACCCCCAAUUUCAAAGGUCCUGAGAGUGCUGGAAGGAGGAGAUCCAGUUCGUCCUAUGGGUUUAGACAUCAAUUCAGUUGGUAACACAAGUGGCCAUUUAAGUGGUUUGAAUUCACACACUACGCCUAAAGGUACCAGAAGUCAUUCUCGAAGACUAUCACAUUAGAUAAUUCCUUCUGCUCUUGGGCUAGCUAAAGGAUCUAUUAUUGGCUUUUGGCCAUGUAGUUCUGUUUGAGCUGCAUUGGAUCAAUUAUUACCCAUUUGAAGCGUGGAACUCUCUUGUACGCUUAUAGAAACUUCCAGACAAGCACAGCACUUGGUGGAAAGCGGUAAGAACUGAGAAAUCAAUUUCUUAGCCUUAUUAAAAAGUUAGAUUUGUAAUAUGGCUGGAGUUUCCGGUGCCAUGUAGUUCCUAACUCGCCAUUCGUUUAAUAGCAAAAAAUUCACUUGACAGAGGGGAUGUUUCUCUUUGCACUAUUUUCUCUUGGAUCCGAAGGGAAACCCCCAAAUUUGGUUGUACAACGUGAGGCCCUUAAUAAUGAUAAGUUUCAGUUUCAAUAGGCGGGGCUACAAGGAAUUAGGAACUUUAAACAAAUCAGUUACAGAUUCAGAUUUAGCAGUAUACAUAUAUGUGUGCUGUUCACCUUUCCCCAUUUAUUUUUGUUAGUGGAAAAUAUAUUAAUUUUGAAUACUAUGGCUACUACAGUCCGUUUCAAUUACUUUGCUUCUGUAUUUUUGCCUUUACAGCACCUAUUUUCUCCAUGUGCAGUCCAUUGAUAGUUACAUCUGUAUCUAUAUACUGAUACUCAGAAAGAAAAAGGAAUAAAGGUUUUUUUA